AAAGGUUCAUGCAAUUUUAGUUCAGAAAUGUAUCAAGAAUUUUAUGUUGCACGGAUUGAUGAAAUUGACAGUAUGGGCAUGGAAAUUGCAGCCAAAUGCAGAAGAGAAGCAGCAAAGUUGUAUGGUUUGCUACUUAAACAUCACGGCCUUUUAAAGCAUUUGGAAAGGACUCCUUGCCUAGUUAAAAUUGUUCUAAAAGGAAACACUAAUGACAGUCAUGGCCAGUGUUUUAAGUUAUGGGAUGCUGGAGAUAAAGUUUAUGCUGAAUGUUUUAUUACACCUAAAAGA